AUGUCACGCUCACCUCGGCACUCCUCUCCCUCGUCCUUUGACAACAAAUACUCCGCCGCUCCUCCCCAGAACCCUUCGCUUCUCUCCAUCCCCACCGCCUCUUUCGCGUCUGGCUCCAACGACUCGCCCACUACGCCCAUCGCUAUCCGCUCUUCUCCUGCUGCCAAGCUCACCAGCACACGCUCCGUUUCUGGUUCCAGCACGCAAUCCUCAAGCGACGACGAACAGGCUCUUCACGAUCUCUCCGCCGACGACAUUCCUUCCACAAUGGGCAACGUCUCGGAAUCACACGUCCUCGAGCAGAUGCUCGGGGUCAUGCAGUCGAUGCAGAAAGAACUCACUCGACUGAGCGUCAAGGUGGACGAUCUCGACAGCAAGAACGAAAUGGCCGCGUACAAUGCGCGACGCAACUCGUUCUACAGCGGCACCAUCCACACACCCGGUAACAUGUCGCCUUCGCUCAAGAGUCCCGGUCUGUUCCCCAAGCUCAGCCGUCGUUCCUCGUCGCCUCCCAAGAACACGUCGAUGGACAACCUCAUUGCGGCGCAUCUGUCGGCCAACAGUGCCAGUCCGGCGCAGACCGCGGGUCCUGUUUUGACCGAGGAGCCCAAGCUCGGGCUCUGGGCGGUAGUGCCUGCCGGUGGAGCUGGAACGCGACUCUGGCCCUUGUCGCGAGAGUCGUACCCCAAGUUCCUGCUCGAUCUGACCGGAUCGGGAAGGACGUUGUUGCAGACGACGUGGGAUCGAUUGCUGCCGCUGGCGGGUCAGUCGCAGAUGAUGAUCGUUACGGGCCAGGCGCACGUCAAUGGUGUUUCGGGGCAGUUGCCUGAGCUGGAGCAGGCGAAUGUGCUUGCUGAGCCCAGUCCGAAGGAGUCGAUGGCUGCGAUUGGGUUGGCGGCUGCGGUGCUGCUCCAGCGCGAUCCCGAGGCGGUGUUGGGCUCGUUUGCUGCCGAUCACAUUAUCAGCGGUCGCGAGGCCUUCGAGACGGCCGUCACCGAGGCCGUUGCCACUGCCAAGGCAGGCUAUCUGGUCACCAUCGGUAUCGCCCCUUCUCACCCAUCCACGGGUUUCGGUUACAUCAAGCUCGGCGAGAAACUCCGCGUCAGCGCCGCACCCAACGCACGAAGGGUCGACGAGUUCAAGGAGAAGCCCGACGCCAAGACCGCCGCUGCCUACCUCCAGACGGGCAACUACCGCUGGAACGGUGGUAUGUUCGUCGUCCAAGCCAAGGUCCUGCUGGAUCUGCUCAAGGAGACCGUGCCGGAACUGCACGAGGGGUUGACGCGUAUUGCUGCGGCUUGGGACUCGGAUGCCAAAGAGCAGGUUAUGAGCGAGGUCUGGCCCACCCUGCCUAAGAUUGCGAUCGACCACGCCGUGGCGGAGCCCGCGUCCAAGGUGGGCAAGGUCGCCGUGAUCCCGGCGACGUUCGGUUGGGAUGAUGUAGGAGACUUUGCCAGUCUGGCCGAUUUGAUCCCGGCAGAGGAGGGUGAGCCGAGGAUCCUGGGUGAUGCCAAGUUGGUCAUUACAGAAAGCCAGGCGGGUGGGUUGAUCGUCCCUGCUGCCGGACGGCCUAUUGCGUGUCUGGGUGUCGACGAUGUGGUCAUUGUGGACACGCCUGAUGCGUUGUUGAUCACGACCAGGGCCAGGAGUCAGGAUGUCAAGAAGAUUGUGGGUAGGACGAAGAAGGUUUACCCUGAACUGUGUUAG